CUUCACACUCCAUAUGAAAUAAUUGACGAAUCGUCAGUCCUAUUAUAAAACUCAGUGUGUACGGGUGUUUAUAAAUAAAAAAAAUAAUAAUUGUGGUUGAGUCUGGCUGAUAAGACGUUCUAGGUAUAUGUAAUGACCGUAGUGCUACAGUUUUCCUUAAAAGUUUGAUGACUAAAUAGUGCAGUGUUUAUAAUUAAUUAUAAAUAAUACAAAUAUAUUUUUGCCGAGCAUUAUUUUUGUAGUGUUGUUUAUGGUUUAUUGUAAAGUUUUAUUUUUUUUAUAAUAAUAAGUAGGUACCUAGGUUUGCUGCGUAUAUUAUCCUUGAUAAAAAUCUACAUUUGGUACCAACAUUCCAACGUAAAAAUAGCUCUAUUGUAAGUCAUUCUCUGUUGUAAACGGAAGUGGACAUGCCUACUGCACAAAAAUAAAAAUAAAGUUUUUAUAGCCUUUUCAAGUGAAUAUUGAUUGAACAAUUUUGAUGAAAUAAAAAUAAGCAAACCAAAAUCGUCAAAUUCAAAACAAGUUAAACUACUUAGUAAGAGCUUAGAACACAAUGGCUAAACCUGUAGUUAAAUGACUAAGUGACAAUCUUAGGACUAUGGGAAAUUCACCAUGUGUUUUCCCAUUGGCAUUAAGAUAAUAUAUCUGAGGCUGUUACGUCGCGUUGUGUUGCGUCGACGUGUGAAAAAGUAUAAAAAAUUUGGCGGGAAGAAGCUGAAACUGUCAUGGCGGCGGCGGCAAAAGUGAUCUGGGUUUCAAUCAUCCUUCUCAUCACACCAGUAUUAGCACAGCAUAUCGGUCCGAUUCCAUCGUCGCACCCAGCCGGGAUAUGCACGAAUAUGUACUUGGUUCAAUCAUUGCAGAAAUUGCAGCAUUUGAAAGACUGUGUUGUGAUACUGGGCAACCUUCGUGUCUUGUUCAUGGAGAAGGCCAACACCAGCUCCUUUCAGAAUAUCAGCUUUCCUGAGCUCAGAGAGGUGACAGGUUUCGUAGCGUUCUACCGCGUCAGUGGUCUGGAGUCCGUCGGUCAGCUGUUCCCCAAUCUGAGGAGGAUCAGAGGAUCGCAGCUGAUCAACAACUACGGCUUGAUCCUUCAUGACAUGCCUAAUUUGAGAGAGGUAGGCCUCUACAACCUACUCAAGAUCGAUCGAGGCGGGGUCAUCAUAUGGGGAGGUCCACAUACGUGCUACGUGGACUCUAUCAACUGGAAUGCCAUAGCACCCGGCACUCGUCAUAUGCUGACAUAUCCAGAGAUGACUGCCCAUUGUAAUACAGUCAAACCCUGCAAGUGCAGCGUAAAUAAGGAGUUCAAUUAUUGUUGGAACAGCAAAAAGUGCCAGCACUUCCUCUCGGACCCAAAGUUGGAGAGCUGCAACCCCGAAUGUCUUGAAUGCCGAGGUGGUCCAGAUAAAUGUACUCUCUGCCGACACUAUACAUACCAAGGUCAUUGUGUACCACAAUGUCCUCCAAACACGAUUCUUCUCCCAGACAAUCAAUAUUGCAUAACAAUUGAGGAAUGCAACUAUCUGAAGGGAUGGAUGUGGAACAAUACCUGUGUUUUUGAGUGUCCGCUGUACUACAAGAAAGUAGUAGAAGAUGGCUCGGUAACAUGCGCUGAAUGUUCCAACUGUCAAAAGACCUGCCUAUCAUUGGUCAUAGACUCACUUAGCUCGAUCCAGCAAGCUUACAGAUGUGUCUAUAUCAGGGGCUCUCUGACCAUCAACGUUAGAUCUGUACCGGGAGCGGUGAAGGAAUUGAAGAAAUACCUAAGACACAUCGAAGUAGUUCACGAUUAUAUCAUGAUUUACGGCUCUCUUGUCAUCAAAUCCCUCGAUUUCCUGCCGUCUCUACAGCAUAUUGGAGGGAGAACUCUGGAAAAAAAUUCAUACAGCGUCAUCAUUUAUGAUAUGAACAAACUUCAACAGCUAUUCCCUACAAAUGUAAUGAGUCGACUUGCAAUUGAUCGGGGGAAAUUGAAAAUGUACAACAAUCCUAUGCUGUGUGUAGAUAAAAUAUACGAUUUUGAAAAGAAAUUCCCAGUGAGGUCAAACGAAAUUGACAUACCGCCGGGAAUUAAUGGUUAUAGCGGUGGAUGUGAGGAUUUACUUCGACUUAAAAUCCAAGUUUUGAACGAGACUUCGGCAAUAGUAACAUUUGUGCCAUAUGAUAACGUCGACGUGCAAUAUACGAUACUAUACGCAAGAGUACCUUCAAGAAGUCACACUAACAAACCCAUAGUCCCAGAAACUUGUAGUGCGUCCGAAUGGUUUGUUAUACAUACAAAAGAAAGUAGUGUGUUGCUUACGUCUCUUCGUCCUGCUACUACGUAUGCUGUUUGUAUUGAAACAUUUGUGUACUCCAAUAAGUCAAUAGAAACAUACGUUGCUCGCACUAGCAUGGUGAAUUUUACUACUCCUUUUACGAAACCUGAGCCACCUUUCAUUCAAGAGUUAGUUGCCACUUCGGCGAACACAGUAGGUGUUCGAUGGGUAGACCACAGAGAUUACCAGAAACAUAUAACAAGCUACCAGUUAGAUGUUACUUUAAUAGAUAUACCUGAUAAAGAUGUGAAAGCCAGAGACCAUUGUAACGUAGGAUAUAAUAUUUUCGAUGUAAAAGAGGAUUAUUCUCGCCAUGCAGUUGUUCUAAAACCUCCGGAAAAAUAUGAGAGUUGCGGGCAAUCCUGCUUAACAUUAACAUCACUUGGCAAAACCGCGAUUGAGGAGCAUUUCGAUGUCUGUGAUUCGGAUUUAGAUUGCAAUAAUUAUGAAGAAAAUCCGCCUCCCAAAAAUUCCAGUUAUGGGAACUAUAUUAAGACUUUGAUUUUAGAUAUAAAUGGACCAAAGUCAGUAUUACAUAUUCAUGAGUUGGCUCCGUUUAGGGAUUACAGAAUUAGGCUACGUGCCUGCGCUGGGCAAAGAUGUAGCAGAUCGACUAGAGGAGUAAUAAGAACUUUGCGUUCUAACAAGGCUGACAUACCGACAGCGAUAUAUAGCAGUAUCAAUGAAACUGGUGACAUUUCCAUCAAAUGGGACCCACCAGAAGAAACGAACGGCCCGCUUUUCGCAUAUUUCGUACAAAUAUUGUCCAUAACCGAAGAGGAUGGAAAUUUGACAUCACCUGAUGUUUGGUGUUUUUACCCUAAUGAUAAUCGAAGUUUGGUUGUCAGAUUGCAACUGGGAGAGGAGUUUAAAAUAAGAAUCUGCACGUCAACUUUGGCAUCUUACAGCACUUGCAGCGAGUGGCAUAGUCUUUCUGCGCCAGAAUUUGAGUUAAAUUUGUUAUUAGCCAGUAUUCUAUUCAGUAUUAUAUUGUCAGCAGUAUCUUUAAGCAUUGGCUAUUUUUAUAAUCGCCAUAUGAAUCAUAAUGAUGGUAUUCCUCUUGUAGAUAUAACAUCGAUGUAUAGGAGCGAAAGUGACCCGCCAAAUGUUGUGAUGCUAUCAGAUUUUAUGCCAAUAUAUUCAGUGCCAUUAACAGAAGCUUUAUUAGAUUAUUAAGUGUGUGAUAAUUUGUUAAGUACCAUUAAAUUAAA